AUGUGUAAAUGCAAGCGCAGGGCUCAAAUGCCAGGCUACCAGGACCUGGUGAACACGGCCGGGCGAGGGUCUGGGCUGUGGCCGGAAAGUUGCAUUGAUGCGGGGAGAGGAGCCGGCACACAGCAGAUGCCAGAGAACUGGGUGAAACUGCUGCAUCAGGAACCUGCAGCAACCCUUGAGGCCCUGCUCAGCGAGAGCCGGGACAGAGCCCCCGACGCGAAGACCAGCGGCAACCCCAGGGAUCAUCCUCCUCCGUUAAGGCUUCCGGGCCCUGGCUUUCAUGGGACCAAGAGGUCUGACCAAGCUGCACUCUCAGAGUCCUUGGGCGGCCGCCGAGACUCCCGGGCAGCCGGCGGGCUUCCGAAACCCCCAGCUCUUGCCGGGACGCUGACCGAGCCCGCCUGCCACCAGCCCUGGCAGCAGUGCCAAACCCGGGUCCCGGUCCUGGGGCAGCUCCAGGACAGAGGAGGGGCCGAGGAGACACCUCGGGCCCCAGGGGAGGAGGGGCUGAGCCGCUGGGCCACAGACCGCAGGUGCUGA